CACUUACAAACCACCGCGAUCAUGGAGCGACAUAUACAGCUGGCGCAGCGACUACCUCCACGUCUACUACGAUUCUUCGAAAAGUUUCCGCCGCAGUUCCCGAAGACAGCAGCGACAAGGACCGGAGCAACGCAGCAGACGACAUCACCACAGAUCGAGACAGUGACCAUCGCGGAGAACACGUCAUCUUCAGAUCCCAAUAUCGGCGCAUCAACGACGACAAUAUCAUUAGAGCGAAGUACAUCCAAGCCUGCCAAAGUCGGCUCACAGACGACUCGAAAUCCUUUCCUCCCGCAUAAAAAUCCGAGGACCGGUGCGUGGCAUGGCCCAGCGUUCUCAUUACGGCGACAAGCAGAGAUCUUCAAGCUGGCGGCGAAACACAACGUCCUCCCGCUUAUGCCUGUGAGCCCAAAACAUCCAGAGAUCAGGGAGCAGAAGCGGAUAGACAAUGGCUUGAGAGUACAGGGUACUGGAGUGGGCAAGAAGGUCAAGGGUAAGCUGUGGGAGCGACAGCUGAGAGGGAAACUGGAGGAGCGGAGGAAGGCGAUGGAGAACAUGCCAAAGAUGAUUCAAGAAUGGAAAGAGCGAGGACAUGGACGUGGAUGGAAGAAGUGGCCGAAAUGAGUGGGGUUCCUUAAAUGGUAAACAAAGCGUGGAAAGAACAUCGUAGCGAUUUGCUCCGUGAGC